CCCAGGCGCGCGCGCACGCAUACACACACACACACACACACACACACACACAUCCCGCUCGAAUCCCGGGGCAGGAACUCAGAAAACUCCCAGCCGGGGCAGAGCGCACUCGGUGCAGGACGCAGGAGCGAGCAGCCGUCCCCCUCCAGCUCCCGGUGCCGCCGCCGCUCCGGCCCCCGAGGAGGCGCGGUGCCCCCGCUCCCCACCCUCCUCCGCGCUCCGCGCCCGACCCGCUCCCGUCCCGGCAGACGCUCCCCGUCCUCCUCGGCUUCCCGACUGCCCGGGGCGCUACUUGUUCGUUCUCUCUCUCUCUCUCUCUCUCUCUCUCUCUCUCUCUCUCUCUCUCUCUCUCUCUCUCUCUUUUUCUUGCUCUGCGAACUCCGCCGAGCAGGGGGGAGAAGAGGAGGAGGAGGAAUUUUCUCCCCCUCCUAACAUUUCAAGGGACACCCUCAUUCACUACAAGUCUCUUCCCUCUCCGAGCUCCUGGCGAAGCGCUCCCGGGGAUCGCAACUCCUGAUCCCCAAACCGAAAGGGGUGCCUUCCCAACUCCAAACCCUCUUUUUCUUUUCCCUCGCUUUCCUCUUCCUCCUCCUCUCGCCACCACCACCGCCACCUCCACCACCGCCACCAACACCUCCACCAACACCACCUCCACCUCCACCUCCACCUCCGGCACCCAACCGCCGCCGCCGGCAGCGCCUCCUUCUCUCCUCCUCCUCCCUCUCCUCUCUCUUGGCAGCCGCUGGACGUCCGGUGUGGAUGGUGGCAGCGGCGGCCGCUUAAGCAGCAGCCCUCGCAGCGCGCCGGCUCUCGCUCCCUCCGCCUCCUUCUCCAGCCCCAGCGGCUCCUCUCCCCGAAGGUGCCGGGCCGGCCGGGGGCAGCGGCGGCAGCGGCGGCAGCAGCGGCGGCGGCGGCGGAGGCAGGAUGAGCGCACGCGGGGAAGGCGCCGGGCAGCCGUCCACUUCAGCCCAGGGACAACCUGCCGCCCCCGCGCCCCAGAAGCGAGGACGCGGCCGACCCAGGAAGCAGCAGCAAGAGCCAACUGGCGAGCCCUCUCCUAAGAGACCGAGGGGAAGACCCAAAGGCAGCAAAAACAAGAGUCCCUCCAAAGCCGCUCAAAAGAAAGCAGAAGCCACUGGAGAAAAACGGCCACGAGGCCGACCUAGGAAAUGGCCACAACAAGUUGUUCAGAAGAAGCCUGCUCAGGGAGGACUUUUCUUCUCUCAACCAUAUGCACACUUUUGUCACAGCAACCAAGUCCCUGGAAAGGUGAGGUUUAUAGAGGAGGAGACUGAAGAGACAUCCUCACAAGAGUCUGCAGAAGAGGACUAGGGGGUGCCCACGUUUGAUUUCUACCUCAGCAGCAGUUGGAUCUUUUGAAGGGAGAAGACACUGCAGUGACCACUUACUUUCUGUUGCCAUGGUCUUUCCACUUCCAUCUGGGGCGGGGCAGGGGGGUGGGGGAGGGGCGGGGCUGGGGGAGGAGAAAUCACAUAACCUUAAAAAGGACUAUAUUAAUCACCUUCUUUGUAAUCCCUUCACAGUCCCAGGUUUUAGUGAAAAAAACUGCUGUAAACACAGGGGACACCAUUUAACAAUGCAACUUUUAAUUACUGUUUUCUUUUCUCUUAACCUACUAAUAGUUCCUUGAUCUGAUAAGCAGGAGUGGGUGGGUGAGGCAAACUUCGAAUCAGGUUUAGUCGAUCGCUGCACUGCACAAAGACCAGAAUCCUGUCACCCCCCGUGACGCCGGGCAUUCAUUCACGUAGGAAAGGCGCCGUGUGUGACGCUGCGGCCCCCAACGUCACCCACCCCGCUCACGUAGUGAGGCUUCUGUUUAGAACCAAAGAUAGGAAUAGAUACGACUUCUCUCUCCCUUUCAUAUAAUCUUGUAGACACUUGAUGAUUUUUUGUUUUUACUCUUUUAUUUCUAAACCAGACGAAAUGCUGAUGUGUCCUUUCAUUCAGCUAACAGACCAGAAAAGGUUAUGCUCAUUUUUUUCAAAAAGGGAAGUAAGCACACGAGUGUCGCCAGCUCCCAUAUGUAUGGCUAUCACAUAUCAGUAGGGGAGCCCAUUGCCCCUGUCACGCUCUUUCAGGAGAAACACUCAUCCGGGCAGGAUCUGCUUCCCACAGAGCCAAAAGCCAUUCGGCAAUCCAUCACACUUGUCAGCCUCCAAGCACUGAAGGAACCUAGACAAGUAAAACCGUCUUCUUUGUAAUUUAAUGAAAAGGUACAACAAUAAUGCAUGAUGAACUCACCUGAAUGAUGAGUAGGAGCGAAAUCUAAAUUUCCUUUGCUAUAGUUACGCUACAACUUUAAAAAAGCAAACAAAAAAAAGCAACCUCUCUCUCUGCCUCUUUUCAUUGUGUAUCACUUUCCGUGAAAGACCUGUAUACCACUUACCUCAAACUAAGUUUAUGUGUGUUACUUCAGGUAACACGUUUUGACAUAGGAUGGUUGACUGAGGUGUUUCUCUUUGGCUUCAGCUCACCGUCUUUUCAUUCAAACUGCACUUUUAGCCAGAGAUGCAAUAUAUCCCCACUACUCAAUACUACCUCUGAACGUUACACUUAAUUUACAGUCUAGUACUUUUUACAUGCUGCUAUACACAAACAAUGCAAGAAAGACAAACUUCAUGGGCAGGUGAAGCUAACCGCGGUUCUUUGUGUACACUUAAACCACAGUUAACAAAGCAGUCUCCUUACUGUGUUUCAGCAUGGCUAUGUAUUUUUCUAUGGUUUUUUUUUUUUAUUAAAAUUUUGCAAAUACUUGUUUCAGCUUCUCUGCUAGAUUUCUACAUUAACUUGAAUAGUUUUGUUGUUGUUUUUAACCAAGUCGCUCCUAGGUUCUUAAGGAUCAUUCUCCUCAAUCGCACACUACACAGCACACAGAAUUUGACUGUAAUGUUUAAAUAUCACCCUCCAAGUUUGUACCUCCGAUGAAUUGUUUAAGGAAAUGGACUCAUUGACUUGCAAAGACCUACCUCCAGACUUCAAAAGAAAUGAACUUGUUACUUGCAGCCUUCAUUUUUGUCAACGUUUGACAUAGUUCAAACUGCAGCUAUCCCUAGUCAAAGCUAUUUUUGUAAAAAAAAAAAUAAAAAUGUUUGCUAGAGAGGAACACAUUUUUACAUACUUUUGCAAAUAAAUAAAUGAAAGGAAGCCAACCUUCAAAGAAACUUGAAGCUUUGUAGGUGAGAGACAAAAAGCUUGGGCUUUUGCGAUGCAAUCAAAAAUAAUGUGUUUUUAAGAUUAGUGGAAUAUGAGGAAAUGCUUGACAAAGAUUUUCAUGUACUUUACACAAAUGUGAUUUUUGUAAUAUGUCUCAACCAGAUUUAUUUGAAGCGCUUCUUAUGUAGAGUUUUAUUCUUUUCUCUCCUAGUGCGUGUGCUGACUCUUUAACAUGGUAUUAUCAACUGGGCCAGGAGGUAGUUUCUCACGAGGGCAUGUGUCAGUGUGGCUUUUAGUUCUGAAGCCAAAUGAAACCCAAAACCAUCUCUCUUCCAGCCACUUCAGGGAGGUAGCUUCAAAGACCGCAUACCUCUCUUGGACAGGCAGAUGGCUCACUGCGGUGAAUCACCAGAGGAGCUAUGGAGAGAAUGAAAACUCAACAUCGCUGUUAACUGUGCAUUAAAUAAGCAAAUAAACAGUGGCUCAUAAAAGUAACAGUCCCGUGUCUUUGGCUGGGCCUUUCUGAAACCUCAUUGGCCAGCUCAUAAAACUGACACAGUUGCUCAUGUUGGCCAAACUCGGAAACCGAGCAAUUUCCAUCUCUGGUGAAGUUACUCUUUUAUUUCCUCUAUGUUGUACAAUCAAAACACACUGCUACCUCUUAAGCCCCAGUAUACCUCAUUUUUCAUACUGAAAAGAAAAAAGCUUGUGGCCAAUGGAACAGUAAGAACAUCAUAAAAUUUUUAUAUAUAUAGUUUAUUUUUGUGGGAGAUAAAUUUUAUAGGACUGUUCUUUGCUGUUGUUGGUCUCAGCUAAGUAAGACUGGACAUUUAACUUUUCUGCCAUUUCUGCAUGUUUGCAGGAGAAAAGUAUCAAGACGUUGAACUGCAGUUGACUUUCUCCCUGUUCCUUUGAGUGUCUUCUAACUUUAUUCUUUGUUCUUCAUGUAGAGUUGCUGUCUAUGAUUGUACUUUGAAUCGCUUGCUUGUUGGAAAUAUUUCUCUAGUGGAUUAUCACUGUCUGUUCUGCACAAUAAACAUAACAGCCUCUGUGA